UUUCACGGGGCGCACAGGUGGGAGUGUGGAUUUAAAUUCCCAAACUAACUUUGGAUCUUCUCUUUCUGGAUUUUUUUUUCUUUUGGAAAGGGGGAUGGCAGCUCGUGAUUGGAGAUGCACGCGCCUUGUUUAACACAUCAGUAAAUCCUGGAUGGAUGUUAUCACGGCUGUUUGGGCAGAUGAUUCCGCGUCUACAUUCACACCUUGGAUACCUGCCGCGCUGACACAUAGCGGUGUGCUCGCUCGGUCGGAGUCUCGUGCACGUGAAAAUCACUCCGUGGGCUUCUCCAGAGGAAAGUUUGUGACUGGGACGCGGUGGAGGAUGAAGCCAGCGCACCUUUUUGGGAUCCCUCACGGACGCAGAGCUCAGUGACUGCUCAUCACACGUGGUUUUAAUUGAAUGUAUGAUUUGUGGAUGGAUUUGUGAGCAGGUGUUUCAGAGCUGGAGAAUGUGUAUCCGAACUGUGGAGUCCUGCUCGGGCUGGAGGGGAGAGCAGAGGAUAUACACAUCCCUUCCUGGGACCACAGGUGUUUCCUGGAAACAGUGACUCCAAAUCCCAAAAUGUCGAGCUGUGGAUAAAGAGGCCGCCCCGUGGGUCGAGCUGACCUGUGUCUACCUCCCUGCACCUCCUCUCCUCAUCAUUUCCUAGCUCCUCGUCCUCCCCUUCCCCUUUCCUCCCCCCUUUUAUCCUCCCCUUAUUCUUCCUCCUAUUUCUAUCCCACCACCUCCUCCUCCUCCUCCCCCACCCCCACAGCACACAUGCAGGCCAAGAAGCGGUACCUGCUCGUGUCUGUGGGGGCCGGUCUUCUCUUCCUCGUCUACCUGUGGGGUCUGCAAAUUGGGGAGUUCCAGCAGCAGCCAUACCAAUACAACCAGUUUCCCCAGUACCCCCAAUACCACCAGUACCACCAGCAGGAGUACCAGUACUACCACCAGAGCCAGGACGUGUACCAGCCCCAGCCCCUGCCUCAGAGAAGCCCGUCCAGACCGCCCAGGCACUGGCCGGAGUCGACCCAGCUGCUGGAGCCGUACCUGGAGGGAGGAGAGCAAGAGGAGGACAGUCCUCAGCUCCAUCACCAGCACACCUCGCCUCGCGAACGCCGUGCGAUCCGCGACAACAUCUACAAGAACAAGCGCUGCCGCAUGGAAACCUGCUUCGACUUUGCUCGCUGCCAGUCGGGCUUCAGGGUUUACAUCUACCCUCCGCAGAGAGGGGACGAGAUCUCAGAGACCUACCAGAAGAUCCUGUCGUCCAUCGAGGAGUCUCGCUUUCACACCAAAGACCCUACUCGGGCCUGUCUGUUCAUUCUGACCGUGGACACGCUGGACAGGGACCAGCUUUCAGCUCAAUACGUCCAGAACGUGAGGCUCCGGAUCCAGAGCCUGCCCACGUGGAACGAUGGCAGGAACCACCUCAUAUUCAACCUCUACUCUGGCACCUGGCCGGACUACACAGAGGAUCUGGGCUUUGAGGUGGGUCAGGCCAUGCUGGCCAAAGCCAGCGCAGACGUGGUCAACUUCCGACCUAAGUUUGAUAUCUCCAUCCCUCUAUUCUCCAAGGAUCACCCGCUCAAAGGAGGGGGCAUAGGUUAUCUGACGCUCAACGAUGCACCGCCUUCCAGGAAGUACCUGCUGGUUUUCAAAGGGAAGCGAUACCUCACUGGCAUCGGCUCUGAGACAAGGAAUGCUCUGUAUCACAUCCACAACGGGGAAGAUAUUAUUCUGCUGACCACGUGUAAACACGGCAAGGACUGGGAGAAACACAAGGACUCUCGCUGCGACAGAGAUAAUGAAGAAUACUCAAAAGUCUAUUUUAGGAAGUUCACCUGAGUUAUCACAGUAAUGGAAGAGCACUUAAGACAGCAGCGGGGAUUCUCCUGAGAGAGCUGAAGGGA